GGUUUUGGGUUUUACGCGCAUGGAUUUUACGCACGACGUCUCUACAUAAUAUUGCUUAUCCGAUAUGCACUUUUAUGCAUUUUUAAAACCAAUUAUCGCUAUUCUAAUACCUGAAUGUCUUGGAUAAACUGGAAUCACGUUAAUGGACACAUAUCACCAUGGAAGUUUGAUGUUCUUAUUAUAGAUCCACGCGUGUGACUCGUGAUCGCGUGGCAAUGUCGUACCUGGACUGGGCAGGGAGUCAGCUGGCGGAGAUCGAGCUCCUGUGCAGCAUGUUUCCUGCACAAGACGAGCUGCAGUUUUUGGAUCCGCUCGCCAUCGCGUUGCUCCGGAGCUACGUGGAGGGCUCCGGGUCUAAAGAUGGGCCCCCAGCCUCCAGACCCCAGUUUGAAAUCAAGCAGAAGAUGCAGCCCACAGGAAUGGACGAGAUGGAUGUAAUUGUGGCCUGUGCUUAUCCUUCUGAAUAUCCAAGUGUGCUGCCAGAGAUUACAGUCAGAUGCUCGGGUCUGAACCGGUCCCAGCAGAGCCAGCUCCACUCAGACCUCGGGGCCUACCUGAGCGAGACCUGCCUGGGGGAAGUCUGCGUGCUGUCGGCCGUGGACUGGCUCAAGGACCACCUCCAUCUGUACGCCUGCCCCACGUCUGCGCCCGCCCCCAACCAGAGAGCCCCUCCCCCCGCGCAGCACCCAGAGGUCUUCACCCGUCUCUGGAUCUACAGCCACCACAUCUACAACAAGGUCAAGAGGAAAAACAUCCUGGAGUGGUCCAAGGAGCUGGGUCUGACCGGGUUCAGCAUGCCGGGCAAGCCUGGGGUGGUGUGCGUGGAGGGGUCACAAGAUGCCUGUGAGGACUUCUGGGCCAGAGUGAAGGUCCUGACGUGGAAGAAGAUCAUGAUUCGCCACCGAGAGGACAUCCCGCUCGGAGGACAGGAGGACGACAGUGGACCUGCUCCGACUCUGGACUCUCUGAGGAAGUUCAACCAUUUUGAAGAAGCCAUGUUUGACCCUCACGGUAACCGGGGCAACCACAUGGACCUGGGACAACUGUAUCACUACCUCAAUGAGAAGGGACUAAGCGAUGUCUUUCAGAUGUAUUUUGGCGUCGAGGGAAGGUGAAAAAAGAACAAUACUGGAAAAAUCUAAUAUAUUUUUUGUUAAUUUGGAUAAAUCCUCUUCUAAUAUAAGGAAUUAUUAUUGUGUUGGUUCUUAUUUUUUACAAUUUCAGACAACUCUGCAUCCUUAAAGCAGUUAUAUUUCAUGUUUUAUAACUUAAAGUGCCCAUUUUACGCCAUUUACUGAUCCAUGUUAUAAUGUUUCCUCAUCAAAAACAUACCUGUGUUUUUGUUUCAUUUGCACAUGUUUAACACACAAACCCCUGUAAAAUCCAUGUAUCAUUCGUUCAUUCGUUUUUGAAAAUAAAACCAAAAAUAAGAAAAUUAAAAGACUAUUAUUUUCUUUAUUAUUUAUCUCCAAAACCAAAAUGAAAAACAACAAUUCGUUUUUUCAGUUUUCGAUUUUGGGUUUAAAUGAAUAAUGGAAAAAACACAUAAUGGACGUUUCCAGUUUCCGUGACUUAAACUGUGAUGCCGGACUUUUACACCACAUACAGACUGAACCAGGACUAAACCAGACUGUGUAGACUCUCAGGUAACCGCAGGUGAGAGGACUGGCGCAGACCUCCAUCCCAUGGGGCUAAGCGCAGCCAUCGGCCGAUAGCACUUUGCGGACACCCUGCUUUGUGGACUCGGGGUCCAGUGUCUCUCAAGUUCAAGAUUAGUCCUGGUUUAGACCUGGUUUAGUCCUGUUUCAGUCCUGAUUUAGUCCUGGUUUAGUCCUGGUUCAGUCCAUAUGCAGCACAGAAGUUCAGCAUCCCAAUUUAAGUCAC